CGCUCCAAGUAAUGUUGCCGGCGUCUCAUCUCCUCUCUCACAACGUCCCUGGUUAUGGAUCAUCAGAUGUCAGGUGCUUAAAGGCAUUUGUGGCAUCACCAUGCUUCUCUUGUAACGACUAUAGAAGGUUCCAAAAGGGCAAGAUGGUACCUUUUGGAUGUUCUUCUAGGGGUAGCAUGUCUUUUAUUUGCAACGCAAAUUCUAGCGGUCAGAGAAGAAACCCGGACUUUUCUAGGCAAAAUAGACAAGGGUUUUCAAGAAACAAGAAUAGGCAAAACGAAGAUCGAGAUGGGAUUGAUGGGUUCGAAGACUCUGAAGUAUUCUCUUCCAAAAAUGGACCAUCUUUUCUUUCGGGCCCUGCUUCCCCCAAAUUCCAAUCUACUGCAACUCCUGGACCAAGGGAGCGGGAAAUUGUAGAAAUUUUCAGAAAGGUCCAGGCCCAACUCCGAGAACGAGCUGCUCAAAAGGAAGAGAAAAAGGUCGAAGAAUCACAAGGACAUAAUAAACAGAACGAAACCGUGGAUUCUCUUCUCAAACUGUUGCGAAAACACUCUGUUCAACAUGGAAAGAGCAGCAGCAGCAGCAGCAGAAGCAACCGAGAUUUCGUUUUAGACCACCAGCCCGAGCAGAACAAUUCGUUUAUCGAAGAUAAAACUCUGAAAGAGUCUAAUAAUAACCGAGUGAAACACGAGGUCCAGUACACUGAAACCCAAUCUGUCAGACCCGCAUCAAAUUUCCAACGCAGGUCUCCGGUUCCUAGAUUCAAAUACAAGCCAAUUUUAUCUGGUGAAGAGUCUUUCACUCCUGGAUCGCUUUCAAGAACAGACGGGAAACGGAAGGAGGUCGUGCAUGAGCCCGACUCCACACCUGAGAUCAAAAUGGACACUGAGCCUGAACCUCAGAUUGAAAGCAAGGCCUUUCGUGGGUUUGAUGAAAGUUCAGACGACGAAACGUCUGAUAUCGAAGACACUGCUGAUGAGGUUGAUGAUUCAGAAGAAGCGAAUGUGAUCGAAAACAACGAUCUGAGCGGCAUGAAGUUGCCCGAGUUACGAGCCGUGGCUAAAUCUCGAGGCAUAAAAGGAUUGUCGAGGCUGAAGAAACGAGAGCUAUUGGACUUGUUGACGAAUUGAGAGCUUAAUUUUGUGUAUCUUAGAAUCUGGAGUUGUUCUUUGCUCUUCAAUUUUAUUUUUUCUUUCUAAUUUAUACAUUUUUAUGUACGUGUGGGUAGUUGGAUUUGCUUAAUAUGUUUGGAAUUUUUGGGGAUACUUUAAUUUACUGAGUUUGUUUAGUUCGGUUUUUUAACUA